AUGCUUUCUUCGGCUGCCAACACUCUGAAAAAACACUUAAACGUUCCACCAAGGCCGGAGAUUACCAUUGAGUUGGAGGCAGAGAGCCCCAAUCCUCUUAAGCCCUUGACCACUGGGAAUUGGAUAACAGGCACUGUUAGUGUCCAAUUUCCGCACGAAACACUGGUUGAAAAUGUUGAAGUUCUAUUUGAAGGCCGUUCUCAGACAACAGUUUUCCAGUCUUCGCCUGGCGGUCGAAAUGGGUUGCAGCAUGUCUUUCUGAAAGCCUACCAUUCAACCGAUCAUCUCGAGCGCCCUGCAGAUCGAGUGCUGCAUCAAGCAUCCUCAUACGGGUUUCCGUUCUCCUUUGAAAUCCCCGACCGAACUUUACUCGGCGCUUGCGAUCAGUUCGAACAUUCGCACAGCUUCCUACCGCCAACUUUCGGUGACCCUUUGCUUGAUAGUCCCCCUCUCGGUAUCUCAAAAAGCCUGAUGCCGAAAUCUGGUCAGAUUACCUACAGGGUGAAAGCGAUAGUUUCUGGAAAAUCUUUGACGAAGAACUCAAAAACGUUUGUCACGACUGCGACCAAGCCUAUCUGGGUACUUCCUGCGACACAGGAAUGUAUAGACGUGGUUGCUAGCCCUUUUUUUCUUCUUCUUCUUCAAGAUGGAGCAAACAACCCGUGA